AUUCACAGAGUAUUGAAAUUCUGUGAUCUGCGAUUUCAGUUUUGUGUUCAUGAUUGUUAUUGAUAUAUUUCUUGUUGUUUUUAUGUGUUUUUCAAUACGAAAUGGCUGCCCCAAAUAGAGGAGAGGCUGUUCAAAAACAAAUCCAACAAGAUUGGGUCAACAGGGAAUACAUAGAGAUAAUCACAAUAAGCAUAAAGAAAAUAACUGACUUUUUGAAUUCUUUUGACUUGUCUUGCCGAUCAAAACUUGCUGGAUUGAAUGAGAAACUAACAAUUCUAGAGAGAAAAAUCGAUUACUUGGAAGCUUGUGUGACCAAAGGUGAAACGCUGCCCUAAUAAAGUUCUUGAAAUGUUACUCAAAGGUAUUUUUUCGAAGCCUUCGUCCUUACAAUGCCAGCGAAGCCUUUUCUAUUGGAUAAAUUUGCAGUUCAAUGCUUUAGAUGAACAGCGCCAAAAUAAGCUUGGCUCGGACCGUACCUGUGCUGAAUGGAUUUUACGUAAUGGAGGAACAAUUAAGUGGGUGAAUUCUAGUGAUGUAUUAACGGAUUACAAUGAAUUGCCUAAGGAGGGUUCGGUGCGCCGUUUGCAAGAAGUGGACGCAACCAAUACCAACAUCAUGGUUAAUGGUUUCGAACAUUUCAGAGGAUGCGAUAAUUUAACCAAACUAGUGUUGAAUAGAUGUUAUUAUGUGGAAGAUAAGGCUUUAGCGGAGCUUCAUCAUUUGAAAAAUUCUUUGCUGUUUUUGCAAGUAAGCAGUUGUCCGAAUGUGACGGACAAAGGGCUUAUUGGUUUGAGUGUUUUGAAAAAUCUGAAAGACUUAGUUUUGUAUGAUUUGCAGUCUGUAAAAGAUUUGGAAAAAGCCGUUGGAGCAUUGAAAAGUGAUUUACCUAGAUGUAAUGUAAGGACUGAAGAAUAUAAAUGAUUUAGAAAAACA